AUGAGCCAAAAUUCUGUUGAAUAUUAAGUAAUCUUUCUUGAUAUUAAAAAAGAGUAGUCAAUUAUUAGUAAUGACAGUUUAAAUUGAUGAUAAAAAUACAGCAAGAAUUGAUGUAUUUGAAGAAGAUGAUCCAGAACAGUUGGCUAUAAAUUUUUGCAAUUAACACAAAUUAAAUCAACGAAUAGUUCCUUUGUUAACUGAAAAUAUUAAGAAGAACAUAAUUAUUGCUUUAAAGGAGAAAUAAAAUAUGACCCAAUAUGUAUGAAUGUAAAUUUGAGUAUAGUUGUAAAAAUAGAGAGAAGACCAAAUAAAUUAUGAAAAAUAACAAGAAAAAUUAACAUAAUAAAAUAUUAUAAAAGAAAUUAGUACUUAAUCUCCAUAGACUCCUAAAGAGAAGAAAGGUGUAAAUGUUUUUGAAAGAUUAUAUUAAAGUGCUCAAAUUAAAAAAAUGAAGAUGUAAAGAUAGGAUUCUGAACGAUUACAAAUUUCUAAUUAAUUUGUUCAUAGUUAAGAAUCAGAUAUAAAUUAUGGAUAAUUAUUAUAUUAGAGAGGAAUGUCUAAAAAAGAUGAAUUUAUAAUUAAAGCUGAAAUGGCAUUAUUGGAGAAAUAAUAUUAAUAAAUGAUUGAAUGUACUUAUAAACCAUAAAUAAAUCAAAUGUCAUAGAAAAUAGGUAAUAGACCAUCAGAACCUACUUGUCUUUAUUUAAAUUAAUUGGCUAAAGUAAUCUCUGAAAAGAAAGAAUAAGCAUUAUUUAAUAAAGUUGAAGAGUAAUAAUAAUAAUGUUCUUUUCAUCCAUAAAUUGAUAAAUAGUAAUAUAUUAUAUUUACUUAGAUCUUAAGCAAUUAUUGAAGAAAAGAAAAAGGCAUCUUAAAUUUCAAUUCCUCAUUAUGAAUAACUAUACUAAGUUAAUAAUAUUCGUCAAAUGAAAUUGAAUUAGAAAGGAUAAGAAUAUUUUACAGAGAAUUAUACAUUUCAUCCAAAAAUAGAUUAAUUAUCAGAAUAAAUAGUUUCUGGAUAAACUUUUUAAGAUAGAUAAUAGAAGUUCUUAAUAUCUACUAAAGAUAAACAUCAAUUAGUUGCAGAGUGUUUUAGACCUAAAACAGGAAGACCUCCAGAAUAUCGCCCUGAAAAUUUAUUUGAUUCUCUUUAUAACAAUGCUAAAACUUUGUCAGAUAAAAAAGCUUAAAUUUUAUCAUCAAGUAUGGAUUAAGCGCUUUUUUAAUCUUAAGUUAAAGCCAGUCAUCAAUCUGACAAAAUAACUCAAUAAGCAAUUUAUAAUAAACUUUCAAAUAUUUUUGAUCUCUUAGAUUCUGAUUAAGAUGGAGAAAUUGAUUCCUUAAGAAUUGAUACCUCAAAUUUAGAUCCUCAAGUUCUUUAAGCAAUUACUCCAUUAUUAAAAGAAAUGUAAUAAGGAAAACAUUCUAUUGUUAAAUCAGAAUUUAUCUAAUUAACUUCUUAAAUGAUGAAUUUAAUGUCAAAUAAAGAAAAACAUGAUUUAUUAAAAAAACCUUAAAAAAAAGAUCUAUAACUUUAAAUAACUAAAGAUAGAUCUCCUAAAUCGAGUAUUAAAAAAAAUUGA